CUACCGCGCAGGGGAACAGCUGCUAUUUGAGCACUGCUUCCCCAGAAUCCAGAGGUGGGGACGGCGUUGCCGCCAGGGGUUGUCGGCACCAUCUCUCACAGUAAAGGCCAUCACUUGUCACUUGCUUGGAGCGACGCCAAUAAGACUUAUUAUUCAUAUUUAAAACGCCGAAACACUUGCGACCUGAACAUAUACCAAACAUCUUCACUCACACAGUGCCCAUCAUGGCAGCAAAUACCAAACCCUUGGGCGGAGACGACAAUGCCAAGACAACCAUCCAGAAAGCCAUUGAUGCGUACGGCAAGUUUUCGGACUUCACCAUGCCCUUCUUCCCCCACCUCGAGCUGAUCUCGGCCUCGGGCCUGAGGCCCAAGACCGAUGCGGGCGGUGGCACCGGCACCGAGGACCCGCUGGCCACGGCCACGUUCCGCUACACGGUGCCCAAGUCGCACUGCAACAGGCUCGGCACCCUGCACGGGGGCGCCGCCGCCACCCUCUUCGACUUCGCCACCACCAUGCCGCUGGUCCUCGUCUCCCGCCCGGGCUUCUGGAGCCAGAUGGGCGUGAGCCGGAACCUCUCCGUCACCUACGUGCGCCCCGCCCCGGCCGGCACCACCGUCCUGGUCGAGUGCCAGGUCGUCGCCGCCGGCGGCAGGCUGUGCGCCCUCCGCGGGGUCAUGCGCAGGGAGGACAACGGCCAGGUCAUCUCCACGUGUGACCACGGCAAGGUCAACAUCGACCCUCCUGUGAAGUCCAAGGUUUGACUGUAAUCAAAGUCCGCCCGUGUGCUCGCUGGGCCGAUAGACAUGGGUAUAGACUAGACACUGAAGCAUUUGGAUCGCAGCCGGCUUUCAUGGAAACGUAAAUAGAUAGAUAAGAAAUAUGGUAUCCUUUCGUUUGCAUCAUUCCGCUGUGCCGCCAUAAAACAAUAGUCGAGGGGUA